AUGACCGGGGAUGUGUCGUCAAAUAAACAAGACGAGCAUCAGAAUCAACAAUCUUCCUCGGAAAUGGUUUUAAAUCAACAAGAAAGGUUGGAAAUGGGUUCUGAUAUGAAAAUGGAGCCAGAAGCGGAUUCGAAUAUACAGUCUUCAGCAGAAGUGAUGAAGAAUCAAGUAUCCGGUUAUGAAAUAGAUUCGAACAAUGAAUCUACACAAAAAAUGGCAUACAGUGACGAAUCUACAUUAUAUUUGGCUUCGAAUCAUGAAUCUACAUCGAAUCUGGCUUCGAGUCGUGAGUCUCCAUUUGAUCUGGCUUCUGACAAUGAUGCUACACCAAAGAUGACUUCGUAUCAAGAGUCUGAAAUGGGUCGUUUCUUGCGAGAACUUCUGGAGAACCACGAUGAAGAACAUCCCUCGGAGCCAAUGCUGAGUCCGGACGAGCUUCUGGAGCCGUCGUUCUUCGGGUAAGAACCGUGACGUGUCCGUAUGUAAUUGGUGAGAUCUGUCUGUGAUUGUGUUCAUAUGAAAGUAAUUGUCAAUAACCUUGCGUCGAUUCCGCCAUCUGCUAAGCAGGUUACUGACUUCUGGAGGUCGCGUCUCCGUUUUCUCUUCACAACAACGACGUCUUCCGAGAUCACAGCCACGAUUUAAUCAAGCGCACGAGUUAAAUCACCGCCUUGUUACUUUUGUGUAAUUGUGUUUUCACUUUUACUUUGUAUUUUUGUUUUAGCUUUCGAACACCUCAAUUUGACUUUUCAAACUUUCAUUUUGUUAAUUCAAAUUCUCACUUUGUGUUUGUCAGAUCCGAAUCCUAGAAUCCGGGUAUGACGCCACCAAAAACGGCUGUCAGAGCGUUCGAUUGAGAUUGCCUUUACUGUUAUUUGUUUUAUUUAUAAAACCCUUUCGAAACGAGGCCUUGAAUAUGAUCGCAAGUUAAUUUUAACUUCAAUUGUUUUUUAAAAUGAUAAUAGAGAGAACUUAUCAGCGUCUGUAAGUAAUGUGAGCAAUACCUGUACGCCUUGAAAAACAAAGGACUGGUCAAAAAAUAUUUAGAAUCGUGUAACAAAAACAUUUCAGUCUACUUUUUGGCGUUUUAUUGGAUCUUAUAGGAAUCGGCAUCUUACUUUACAGUCAACUUUAUGAAUAGAUCUCUACCCUAUAGACAAUAAUUAACCAUAAAUUCAAAAAUAUUCCGAGUAAAACCGAGCUUUAAACUCGGAACAGCCGGUUGUUUGGAGGAAAGAACGGCCGGUUACCCUGUUCCGAAGCAUCAUUUUGAGCCAAAUCUUUCGGAGCCAAACUUUUUUUACCAUACCCUAAAAACCAAAACAUAUUUUGAGCCCUGAACCUUUGCCAAUUCAUUGUGAGCAUAUGAAAGCCAACCUGACGCCUACCCAAGCCAACCUUACCCAAUGCCCUAACCCGGCGCGAUUCCUGAAUCAGCGCCUGGCCGAGUCGAUCGUGGCCCGAUUGAUGGAGUCGCGUUAUGGCCAUAAAUCGAGGAAGAAGUGUGCGCGAGGGACCCCACUCUUGAGGUGGUUUCCUCCAAAAAAAGAUGUGGCGACGACCUCUAAUCGAACGGAAUGCGAAGACACGGGGCGAGCGCAGAUGGGACUGAUUCGUUAUGAGAAAAUCCUUGCUGUCCACUACUUUCGACGCGCGGACCAUUUUCUUGUCUUCCCUCCAAUUUUACCGCACGGUUACCCGAUACGUUUCCUUUGGUUUGGUUUCACCUUAAGCAGCGUUCUCUAGCUUUGAUUUCAAUUUGGGGUUCGCCAGGGUUUGCUUUACCUUAAACGGCGUUGCCACUUUAAAAUUCACCUUUAUGCUGAUGUAAACUCAUACUUUACUUCCAUCCCACCUUAAGCGCUCUUUAUACCUUAUUUUAGCGUUUUUGUGAUCUCAAUUUACACGUUCCGUAAUUUCCCCGUUCCCUUUACCCUCAAGCGUUCUCAAUUUCACCGUUCUCUAACCCUUUUCGGUUUAAACCCCUUCCCUUGUUAUUUUUAAUUCGCCGGUUAUUUUUAAAGUGAAUCAAACUAUAGAGUUCAAAAAUACCUGUUUCGGUUAUUACAGCUAUCGCGACAACGCCGAGGAUCAUUUCGAGGAGGACCUGCUUGACCGCACCGAACCCGAGCUGGCCCAAACCGCGCCCUCGCCCUCGUUAGUGGCGCGUUCGUUGGCCAAAUCCCUCGAGGAGCGGCCCCUGGAGGGUUUUAAUAUCCAUCUGACUCCAUUCUCGCUCCCCGAUUACUAUACACUGUCCACGGUGGGUUCCUCGCAGCGACCGGACCCACCUUCGACCUCGUCUCACGCGACCAACCUCACGAACAGUAGAAGCCCUCCCUCACCCAUCCGAACCCAACCCAAGCGAAGAUAUCAACGACGUGGCACGGUCAAGCUACACAACUGGAACAGGAGUGUCUCCAACGACCGUUCGGAGGAUCACCACCGUCCACGGGCUUUGUUCGGUAAGCGAUAUCUAUAACAAUAUAUUGAUAGCAACCUAUAUAGAUAACUUUACGAUCAAUACACGUCGAAAAGUUCUGACCUUUUUUAAACAAUAACGUUCUCUUCCAGAUAUUAAUGAUAAGCUGGCGUCGCCUCCCAACGAACCCAUCUACAUGAAUCGCUCCGGCGUCACUCGUAGAAUCAGUAUGCGACAGAAGCAGGCCCAGUCGGUCAUCAUAAUGGGUAAGGUUAUUUUUUUACUCGUAUCUGCUUUUAGAUUAGCUUGUUUUGUGAACGUUCAUGCAUGUAUAGUUCUUGAUCCUUAAAUUUCAUAGGAACUUUUUAAAAUGUUUUUUAUUUAUUGCAUCGUGUAUACUCUUUGAUACAUAAGGUAAAACAAUACAAAUCCAUUUUUAGACGAACAAAGCUUUUCCGGCGACGAAUCCUCACCGUCGCCUCACACGAUGCUCAAAGACGCCAGAUGUGGAUCGUUACCCUCUAUGAAUAUUAAUUCCGAAGGAGAAGAGACACAAGAUACCAAUACCUGGUCAUCUACGUACGAGAAAGAUAACAUUGGCUUCUCGGACCCUUUAGUCACUUCGUCCAUCUUCAGAAGCGACUCAAACUCAAAUUCGAUUGGCGAUUUUCAAGUUUUAAACAUUCCAAAUGAAAGCGACGAGUACUCGAGUAAGGUGUCGUCACCUGUUGAAGGUACGUUAAUAUAAAUUUUUUAUAAAAUUUAAAACACAAUGCUAGAGUAAUGAUCAAAACUUAUUGAGUAUUGUUUUUCGUGUGUGUACUUAUGUUUUGACAUUUUCAGAAGACAAUCGACCUCCACAUUCAGCACCGCCUAAUAUGGAAGACAAUACUCAUUUCACGUUCGAACGACGAAAGUCCAUGAUCCAGGAGUUGCCGGCCAUCUCCGAGGACCUAAGAGAAGAAGAAGUAAGCUUCUUGAAACUGAGAAGACCUUCAAUUAACAUAGUUAACAUUUUUUAAAAAACAUUUAAAACCAUCACUUAUUAUACAAAAUUUUACUACAUAUUAGUCUAUGUUAACCAAAUGCAUCACCAAGCCUUGUCAAAGCGCGGUUUGCCAAAAUUAUGUGCAGUUUUUGAAAAAAAAAAGUAGAGAAAACCCGAAAACUCCAAAAUGACACUCGAUUUUACACACCUUUCAGAGACCGCCAAGCGCUUGUUCAUCAACCGAAAACGACAACACCUUCCACAAGCGAAGCACCAGCGACUAUAUUCUGGACAAGAAAGAAGCCUCGCCUCCUCUGGUCAAACGGAAUUCGAUUCAAGUAAGUUAAUAUCACCCAAAAGCCAACUCUAAUCGAUUGCAGGAGACAAAGGAUAAGCCCCGACUUCGUAUUAUCAGCGGAAAUCCGAACGGGAACGGCGAUCACGUCGACGGGAAACACGAGACGACCAUGAACAAGACCUACGAUCUCCCAUAUUCACCUCACGAGGACAAGAACAUGAUCCUGAAGCAGAACGGGUCCAAGAAGCUGCAUCUGGUCGAGAGUCAGAAACGGUAAGAACUUUCUUUACGCCUUUUUGUCUCCAUCGCAAGCCACAAUGAUAACGGUCUGAAACAGUUUUGCGUUUUGUUGUUGUAUAGUGGGUUUUAGUUUGUUUUUGUUAAAGUUUUUAGGUUGUGUUGUAACACAUUACCCAAUAGUUAAGGAAGGACUCUUUGAUUAUUAAACCAAGCUUUCUGUUUAUUUUUUGUUCUAAAAGUACACUUUUGUUUUAAAACAUGAGCUAAUAGAAUGAGAAACCGAGUUUUCCCUCUGUAAAGCCAAGUUUUUGUUAUAUUAAGCCUAGUUUUCCCCUUAUUUUUGUCCUAGAAACAUCCCCAAGCUCAAGAAAAACAUCUAAAAAGUUAUUACCUAAAAUGUUUCAACAAUACUUUGAAAAUAUUAGUGUCAGAAUAACAACAAAGUCCCCCAAAAAGUGCGACAAUCCCCCGACAGAAUUUUGUCCGCUUCGAAAUUCGCAGCGAGACAAAACUGACGGGCGCGGCUCGCCGACGUCAGAGUCUCGGACUUUUGAGAGCGGCUCCAUGUCGCAGACGAUCUCAUCUCCAAUGCCUACGCCACACCGGUUCGACAUCAAUGCGCUGACUCCACGUCGAUGUACCAUUCAGAAGAAGAAAAAGAAGACCAAAUCGCGACAGCCGGGCCGUGGGAUCGCCUCAGCGACGGAUUUUGUGGAUCCAUCGCUUCUGCACGGUGUCGGAAAUUCGGAAUCGCUGCUCUCGGCACUGGCCGAGAUUCCAGAAGCUACUCAGCCAGUAAUACGGUAAGAUUGUGUGAGUGUGGUCUAGUCUAAUAUCGGAGUGGCUUGCUUGCUUUCGCUUUUCUAACUUUAUCUACCACAAUAUCGUCGAAACUUACCUCAACAUUGUCUAAACUUACAAUAAUAUAAAGCAUUUCGUCUAUUUUUGUUUUCAGGACCGACCGUGAUAAGAAAUCAGGGAUGAGUUUCACUUUUUGGAGCAUUCGACACAAGAAAAAGGUUUGUUUUGUUGGUUUCUUUUAACUUCCCAAAUGUUAUUUCUGUAUAAAUAUUGUUGUAGCUGCAGAAGGACGCCAGAAGUACGAACAGCAUCUCCCCAGGAAGAUCUGACCUCGACUUGAAGCGGGCUUCUUUCGCCGAGUUCGGUGCUCACAUGAGUCCAAAAGUCUCGGAUGGUAAGUUAAUAUCUUGAUUCGUUAGCUAAAACUUGAAAAAUAAGAGGAAUUUUACUUACAUUGUUCGAUGGUAGAGACAGAAGGUUAUUCUAGUUUUGUGUUAGCUUCUGUGGGUCUGAUAAAGUUGAUCAGUCCAUCUUGUUAUCUUCGACGAAGUUUUAGGUAAUAUUGGAGAUAACAUUGGUUUUGAUCAGUUUUUUGGUUUAUCAAGGGUACAGGACCUUAUAAGUUAAGAAUGUAUUACGACUUUACUUUGCAUUUAGAAGUUAAAAAAACUAGGUAGAUGAUUGAGUUUUCUUUGAUUAUAUUAAGGAUGAGGUCUAUUUUUUGUCGAAAUAGUAGUUUCUUGCUUCCCAGUGAUUCUAUAUUUAUAUAAUCAGUUUAAAACAGAAUUGCGUGUGAUUUAGAAGUUGUAUUACUAGCUAUAAAAGAAUUUUGAUUUGUUUUAAAAGUGCUACACCUACUCAGAAUGAUGUUAUUCAUAGCCAGAGACGUCUGAAUAGUUUGCUUUAACCUGCAAAAGUUUGUAAAUUUGUUUUGGGAUUCUUUAACACGUUGAAUUGUCUUAAAGCGUGUGGGAUUAUUAGGAAACGGUGAAUCACUGAAUGGCCCGAAACCCAAUUGCCUCCCCGUUGAUUCUCUUUGGGGGGCUGAUUCAGAGCUCGGAUAGAUUGAUGGCUUCGUGACCGUGUUUCCUGUGCUCCUUUUCUCUUUUAUUUAUUCUCAUGACCUCACGUAGCAGUCCGCAAUACUUGAAUUGCUCCCGAAUACCGUACCAUUACCGGUCGGUGGGAGAUCUUCGCGAUGGCGUCUGCUUGUUACCUUCAAGUUGGCCUUCAGAAGAGCGUCAACGCAAGAAUACGCUAGGACCGAAUGACAUUCCUACUGCAUUGUCUCAAACUCGAAGAAUCUCUGGAUCUUUGGCUGAUAUUGAGCAAUUUCACGCUCACUUCAAGAAUCAACAGACGAUAGAUGAAGAAGAGGAAGAUAUCUACCAUCAGCACAAAGAGUUCCCUAAUCUACAGACUCCUCGAAUUAGGUUGGAUUCUCCAGAAAAGAGUGUGUAUGUGCCUGAUGGGGUUGUGGUUACUCAUGAACGCUGUUUCUUACCUCCAGUCUGGGUCCAGCCGGCGUCACCAUCGCGAGAAGAUGCUCGACCUCUAUUCCAACCUCAAGAUUCUAUUGACCGACCGGGAGUGGAGGAACAUGAGCCUCGGCCGAGAAGGAGAAGAACCAGUAGUGUUUCGAAAAGUCCAACCAUAUCAGAUCAACUGAUUCUGCACAAUAUUCAGAAGGAAAAGAUCAAAAUGGAUCCGUUUAUGUUAUCUACCGAUUCUCUUGAGUCUACUGCCGGCUCUGGCUCGUCGUUCUAUCGAUGGCCGUCGUUGAGGAAGAAGAAAGCGAAAUCUUGCAAAACGAAGCCAGUAACUGAGCCGAAGAAUGUCGCCAGAACCUAUUCCGAGAAGUAUUUUAAUUCUGUCGGUCAUAAGAGGAACUUGUCGUUGGCUGAUGGUGGUUCUGUCAGAAUACGGGGUUAGAUCAUUGUUUUAAAGAUUAUAUUAAGCAUAAAAUAGGACUUUGGUAAAUAUUUUUGGAAAGUUAAAGAUAAAGGGUAGUUUAAAUGCGGCAGGGCUUCUAUGUUGUUGUAGUUUAUAUUAAUGCUGUCAUUUUUAGUGUUGCCAGAUACCUUGGCUAAAGUCCUUGGAUCGCACAACAGUUCGAUUGACUUACGAAGCUUGUCAGAGGAAGAACCUAUUAAUUGGCCAUUAUUGUAAGUUUUUAUACUCUUGUUAUCGAUAAGUUGACUGUAUGUUAUGUUAUUUUGUUACCGACUUACCUUAUGUUAUGUUAUUUUACACUUUGUAAAGUAAUAAUUGUAAAAUUUUUUAGGGAAAAGCCAAAAUGGGAAGAUUUGAGAAUCUGGGACGACAUUGAUGAUUCCUGGUCUUCAAGGCAUCCAACUAUCCAUUUACCACACUCAGAAGCCAAACGACAGAAUGUUAUUUAUGGUAUGGUUAUAUCUUUUUGUAUUAGUUUAAGCUAUUUUGAAUCAUUUUGAGUUUUAAAUUUGAUUUUUUAAACAAAAGGUAUGUUUUCAAAUUUAAUUUUGAUUGCUUUCAGAAUUGCACGCUACAGAAACGCGACACUGCAGAGUUCUCAUCUAUUUACAACAAGUUUUUCAAGCUGGAUUGCUAAUAAAGAAGGUGUUGCCACCGAACGACGUCAAAUCUAUUAUACCAGAUGUCCUCGACUCUCUACUUGACUUUCAUCUACAGUUUCUGCGACGGAUUCGGACUAGAAUCGCCGAGAACCCGGUGGUCAGGACCAUCUCCGAUAUUGUAGUAGAUGAGUUCAGGAACGGGGAGAACCGAGCCGCGGCUGUUAAUGCCUACACAGAGUUCUGUUUGGCCAGUAAUGAAGCUGAUAAGCGUUACGAAGACUUGAUGAACAAGAAUAGUCGCUUCAAGCUGUUCAUUGAUGUAAGUUGAUGAGCUUAGGGCUACGUUAAAGUAACUUUAGGUUAAGAUGUCUUUUUAAAAUUAUAGCAGGUUUCUAGAAUCUCAGCUAAAUUACUGUUGAUGACGAUUAUUUAUUCUUUAUGACAUUAUUUUAAACUUUAUUUUAGGAAAUCGACAGAAAUUUGGUGUACAGCAGGAGUAUGAACUUCAAGUCGUGUUUCUUGUUGGUAACGCAGAGACUGACCAAAUACCCGAUGUUAAUAGAACAAGUAAGUCGAUGUUAAUAUUUAUUUUGAUGUUGUUUAGAUUCUAAAAUACGAAGAAGGAGAAGACAAGAAUCUCAGCCUCAGGGCGUGUGCUGCUGUUAAAGGAUUUGCUUCGAGAGUUGAUAAGGAAUUGUCGACUCACAUGUUGAACAAGAGGUUCGACAAGAUCAGGAACAUGAUCGAGAAGACUUCAAAGGGCAAUCUGCUGGAUGAGGAAUUCACGGUAGGCAUAUUAUUUUACUGUCUUGUCUUUGAUUAAAAUAUGACAUUGUUUUUUUCUCGAAUACAUUAUCUUGUUCGAUAUUUUACAUGUUUGAGUGUCAUGUGUAAUAUUAUUCUAGCCUGAUUAAUACCAUGAAUGUCUUUUGUUUUUGUAUAUUUUCAAAUUUUGAUUGCAUUUUUCUCUAUCACAUGAUCAACGGACAACAAAAGAAUAAUGAUUGUUUUGUUUGCAGUACGAUGACCUUAUUACAUCUGGAGAUACGUAUCGUAAGAUUUUGUCGAUCGGUACCGUAACCUGGAAGAGUGCCACCCAUCAAAGCCACGAGCUGAUCAUGCUACUGUUCGACGAUAUUAUUGUAUUUUUGCAAGGUCGCAACGACGUUUUGUACUUUUUCCAACAGAAGGACCACGCCUCGGUGUUACCGUUGAAGGCUACAUUAGUCAGGGAGAUGCCCCGGUCCAACGAGGUAAUGCUAAUUGUAAUAGACCAGAAGAAGCCCGACAUGUACAGAUUAUCAUUCAACUCAAAGUCGGAGAUGACACAAUGGGUUCACGCUCUUAAGAGUGCCAAUAAUAACGCUCCAAAGUUUGGUGAGUUGAGAGUGUACCUUCUUUGUUACUAUGGUUGAUUUUGAUGUAUUCUAUCUGGUUUUUUAAAAUAUUUUUCUAAGUUUUUAGGUAACUGGAUUACAAGAACAAUAUUUUAAAUUUAAGGUUUUUGCCUACUCUAAAAUACAUUUUACUCUAUUUUUCAGCACUUUCAAUUAAAAUUUCUAAUUUUUUAUAAUAAUUUUGUAUUUCAGUUCGAACGGCCAGUCGGCUCAUGUUCGUCGAAGGCUCCAGAAGCUCCACUUCUCAAGACAACUCAAACGAAGAAUCUCAGUACACGGAAGAUCUCGACAAAUGGCACAACGAACUGGACAAACUGUACGCGGAUCGAAAGAAUCGCGACUCCAAACUCGAGGAGUACAUGGAGGAACACAUGCAGUUCUUGGACGGCAUUCGAGAACAUGUCUCCAAGUUCCCAGUCAGGCCAACCAUUGAAAACGGGUCGAAUUCGGUGCGACAGAAGGAAAUGAAGGAGAUCGUCAAGAUGAAGAACCUUCUUAAGGCCAAGUUCGCCGAUCUCAGAACUCACCGACGGGCCAAGUUUGACAAGUGUAAGUGCUUUAAAUUAUAGCAGGUAAAGGAUGUCUCGUGUUAUAGAAUUUUAUGGUGACAUCAACACAUCACCAUCUUUUAUAAGUUUGCAAACUGAACAUUCCUGAAUAUUUUUUUGUCACUUUGAUAACAUUCUUUUCCGAUAUUAACAUUGUCUAUGGGAAAUACUUUCCAAAAAUGCAUUAUUGCAGUAUUCAAAUACCGUAGCUGUGUGAAUUUGUUUCUGCAUUCGAAUGUGAUUUAAUUUCGUUGUAAUUUCAGUGAUUGAGAGAGCGGAGAAGGCCAGGGACAGCGAUCUCCCAUCGUAUUAUGAUGAGGUCUACGAACUUUCCCAUCCAGGAGGCUUUGAAUCAGCUACUUUUUCAUCAUCUGAUGAGAACUCGCCCUCGACGUCGGAACGAUGCAGGAAGCCACGACGGGUGCGAACGUAUCACGGCGAAGAAGACAGCAAACAUCAGAGUAUGUUAUCAGCCGAUAGUGUUUGUGACGAAACAUGCUAGUGUUUCUUGUACAAUAUAAUUUAAAUAAGGUUUUGUUUUGUCGAAUAGGUUAUAGAAAACAUUGUCUGUUACCAAAGGCAAUGUUAUUGUAACUUAGACUAAAGUUUAUGUUUCAGAUGUCAGGCGACACACCACUGUACCUCAUGUAUACGACAACGAAGACGAGACGGAAGCCGAGAAGCUGAUCGACCAGGAGAUUAUGCGAUUACCGUUGAAAGUGAAUCAGAAGAGCAGGAAGGCGGCGACGGAUCUCAUCAGAGAGAAUAUUCGACUGCGGUUGGAGAACGAUCGACUAAGAGACGAGAACGCUCUGUAAGUUGUACAAUAAGACUGUAAUUGGCAUAAUACAAUAAGGAAUAUAGAGUUUGGUGUGGACCUACAAUUGUAUAUUUAAAUAUUUUUUAAAUAAUUUGGCUAAAAGUAGUAUAAGAUUUGGCAAUGUGUGUAUAUGUUAGUAGUAGUGGGUAAUGUGAACGUCAAUAUAAAAUGUGUGUUUUUAGAACCAACAUCCAUUUGACGGCGCUCAAAGCGCGCAAGAAUCCGUUUGCCGAAACGGCCGAAAAGCUGGAAUCGCUGCGACAAAAGCAAGAGGAGGUACAGAACAAGGAAGUGUUGUUCAAAAAGGAGUACGAGAAGAGGAUGGACGCCCUCAAGAUGAUGGAGGAAGAGCUAAAAGCUAAGGAGGUAUGUCGUCGUGACUUUCAGAUAGUACUGUUUAUAGUAUUGCUUAUUAUUGUCAUUGUACCUUUAAAGGAUGUGUUGUUUGGAUAACAUAAUCAUGUUCUUCUUCUUACUGUAGUUUCUCUGUGUAAUUAGAGCAUUUGUGGUUAACAUCGUGAUAGUAGUUUGACAAAUUUAGUGGUGAUCUACCUUAUUUUAUGACUUGUACGAUUGCGCAACUUAUUUAUUGAGAUUUUAAUUUAUAUUCGGGAUCUGGGGUCGAGAUAAGGCGACUUUACAGCACCAGUUGCUAUGUCAAUAUUGAGGUCAAACUUGUAGAUCAGGGGAUACUGUAGGUUACCGUAAACCAGGUUUUAAAAAAUUAUCAAAAAUUUUUUUAAAAUGACAUAUAUAUUUGUACUUUGGUAUGUUUGUUGUCCAUAUAGGUUUAAUAGCUUUUGAGGUCAAUGCAUCGGCAUUUGAAAGGAGAUCAAGUCUCGUGUUAAUUGACGAGAAUCAGUUGAGUGAAAAGUUUGUUGCGUAACAAAAGUGGGCUUGUAAUUAAUACUGUAGAUCAUUUUUGCUGGUAUCCUAUGUACUGUAAUUAUUUUUUUCGAAUUAAAAAUUAAAAUCGAGAUUUUUUGAUCUAAAGUUGUAAUAAUCAUGUUAUUUUAGGCAGAGUUGAGACAGCGUGAGCUGGAAAUGGCAAACAACAAUCAAUCUUUCUCCAGUCUUCCUACAGAAUCUCCGGCUUCGCCCAUCGCUGAAUCCCCACGGCCUGAUCUGAACAGGGAAACGAGUUUUCGUCUAGGAGCGGCUAUUUUGGACAAUCACAAACCGUAAGAUAUUAUAUUAUAUUGUUAUUGGUUUUUAAUGGUUAUUAUUAAGAAGACUGUCAAGAGGUCAUUUUAAUAGUAAGUUUUUGCUUAAAUCAAAUAAAAUUUUCAGAACGAUGAUACCUCGAAGUACUCAAAGUGCGACGGACGUGGUACCUCGACAUCUGGCCUCCAAAAGUGAAACCAAGUUGGAUAAGACCAAGAAAAAGAAAUAA